AUGCCAUCUGCACGAUUAAAAGAUGAGGGCACACAGAUUCAGGUCAUAUCCGCUGGCGCGAUAGCCGGUCUCGUCUCCAGAUUCGUUAUUGCGCCGCUCGACGUCCUCAAGAUCCGCCUCCAGCUCCAACCACGACAAUUCCAACCGAAACGCAGCACCGCUCCCGCCCCCGCCGACCGCACAUACCAAGGCACCUAUGCCACCCUCCGCCACAUCCUCCGCCACGAGGGCGUCACCGCGUUCUGGAAGGGCAACGUGCCCGCCGAGCUCCUCUACGUCUGCUACGCCGCCUCGCAAUUCACAGCCUACCGCUCCGUCACGCUCUUCCUGCAGACGCGCCUGCCCGUCAAGCUACCCGACGCCGCCGAGAGCUUCCUCGCUGGCGCCACGGCCGGCGCCGGCGCCACGGCCAUGACGUACCCGCUCGACCUGCUGCGCACGCGCUUCGCCGCCCAGGGCACCCACAAGGUCUACCGCGGGCUCGUCGGCGCCGUCGUGUCCAUCUACCAAGAUGAGGGGCCGCGCGGCUUCUUUCGCGGCAUCGCGCCCACGCUCGCCCAGAUCGUGCCGUACAUGGGCAUCUUCUUCGUCACGUACGAGGGGCUCAAGGCGCGCAUGGCCGACAGGCAGCUGCCGUGGGGCACCGGCGAUGCCACGGCCGGCAUCGCCGGCAGCGUCAUUGCCAAGACGGCCGUGUUUCCGCUGGACCUGGUCCGCAAGCGUAUCCAGGUCCAGGGUCCUACCAGGACGCGCUACGUCUACGGCGACAUCCCCGAAUACAAAACGACGCUCGGCGCGCUGCGCACGAUUAUCGCGCGCGAGGGCUUCCGCGGCCUGUACAAGGGACUCCCCAUCAGCCUCAUCAAGGCGGCGCCCGGCAGUGCCGUUACUGUCUGGACCUACGAGCGAGCCCUGCAUUUCAUGAUAGAGUCUGAGGAGCGACAGCGAAAUGCAUUCCUAUAG